AUCGUUAUUCCAAAGCCCGAAAUCAGUUUCAUAUCACCUGCGUCCUCAGUCAAUUCGAUUUCAAUUGUCAUUUUUAUAAAUUCUUACGUGAAUAUUAAAUAAAACUAAAACUAUCUAGCAUAUUUCGCAUAAUAAAUUGUUCUAUUACGCUUUGAAAAUGUGGGAGUUCGUAACAAAAAAUAAAAACGAUAUUAUUUAUUUAUCUUUGCUUUUGUUUAGUGUAUUUAUCGGGCCGUAUUAUAGGCGGAUAAAUAUUAUUGAGGAGAAGAAAGUGGUCGGUUCCUUAUUGGGUUUGUUUUUGAUAGCUACGGUAUCUGGGUACAGCGCUCUUCAUCCGAUACUUUCUGGUAUCUUCGGCAUCAUGGCAAUCAAGUCAACAACCAUCCAGAAGUGUCACGUGACUACGUUCUUCUUUAUGUUCGGCUACCUCACAAUAUUCCGUCUGGGCGAGCGGUUUGGUUUAUCACCGUCUUCCGGGCACACGAAUCUCAUAGAGAUGAUCAUAGUACUGCGUGUCGUGGGAGUGGCCUUUGAAAUGAACGGCUCCUAUCUGGCGAUGAUCGAGAGGAAGAGGGGCGAUAGAAGAGACGACCGCCCAAAGGACAGGGAUGAGGAUUUCGUGGAACUCAUCAACCCUGAUUAUGUCAACCUGUUCCAUUACACGUUCAACUAUAUUGGAUUAUUGACUGGUCCGUAUUAUCGUUAUCGGACCUACGAGGACUAUUUCAAACUACCCUUCAGUAAGCACGUGGAUUGCUUCGGCUUCACCAUCAACACUCUCAAGGCUGUGCCCUUAUACGUUACACUGUACUUGGCGCUGUCACAUCUGUUUCCGUUGGAGUAUGUUCUAACGGAGGAGCACAACAGCCGGCAUUUCGUAUAUCGCAUGUUCUAUCCGUGGCUAUUGUUCGCUGCUUUCCGCCAACGGAUAUACGCUGGCAUGACUCUGGCUGAGAGCGUCUGCACUUCCGCUGGACUCGGGGCGUAUCCGGUACAGGGCAGGAACAGAUCCGGACACGGACCAACCGUGGGAUACUUAAAGAUGAAACAAAUGACGACUCCCGAGGUUGAGGCCGCUCAAUACGACUUCAAGACUGUGGAGUCGAUGGAGGUUUGGGGCUGCGAGACUGUGGUCACUCUCAGGGAUUCCAUGAAGGUGUGGAACAAAGCUGUCCAGUACUGGGUCGCUAUGGUCGUGUACAAACGAUUCCCAUUGAAGGCUUUCAAGAUCCACGCGGCUCUGUUUGUGUCCGUCAUCUGGCACGGUUUCCACCCCGGCUACUUCUUCUGUAUCUACUUCUGUCCAUUCUACUUGAUGGCCGAAGAUCUUUACUAUCACCUUUACUACAAGGACGCUACCGGCACGAAAAAGAAAAUAAUCGGCUUCAUAAUGUGGUUCCUUCGUUCUCAUUCCGAGUCCUAUCAAGCUGCGGCAUUUCUGCUACUAAGUAUUGAUAGAGUGUGGGCUUAUUACUCCUCCGUGUACCACUACUGGUACUUCGUGUGGUUCGGUUUCUUCGUACUAGGCCUCAUACUGAACCGCGUCAGGCUCAUGCUGGGCCCGAGGGUGCUAGUUCAUACUGAGUAACAUGUAAUGUCUCCUGAACUAUAACUCUCUCUGGUUUCUGCACUCGGUGACGUCACAUGAAACCAAUUGAAUGUGCAAUUUUUUUUUUAAAUCAUUUAUUUAUAGAUGUAGCGGGUAUGUUAUAUGGACUGAUUUUUUCGGAUAAGUGUUAGGUAAGUAAACUUACGCCCACGUGUUGUUGUUGUUUUUUUUUGUUUUGUUUUUGAUCAAAACGUCGUUGCUCAAUUAAUUUAGUUUCGGCUAUGAAUGUACAUUUCUGUGCGGAUUAGUUUUGAGUUGCUUAACUUUCGGUAUAAAUUAUUACAUUCCCAAGCUGUGUGCACUGAAGUGGCUUAACUUAAUUGUAUUUUUAAUGGGUUUUAUACGUAACUAUAAAGGGUACUACGAUGUAUGGAUGUAGGAACAGGUGUUUUAAAUUAGGCCACUUUUUGAAAUUUAUGACAUUUAAUGUAUAACCAUUUUGUAAGCCCUUUAAAGGCGUUAUACUCUAACGAAUUUGUAGCGAUCUAAAUAAAUAUUUAAUGGCAAA